UGACGCGCGGCGCGGGUCGUGUUUUGAGCCGGGCCUCGCCCUCUGCGGCUCGGCGUCGGACCUGGGGUCCGUCCGCGGCAGCAUGCCUCUCUUGGUGCUCUUAACCCUUCUCAUGCAAGCUGUGAGGUGGGCUGAGAUGGACGCCGCGGGGCUGGAGCCGUCCUCGGUGCCCGCACCAAGCCAUGUUACAGUUAAAUCCUAUAACAUGAACCCUAAGGUCUCUUGGGAGUACCCAACCAUGUCACAAAGCCCUGUUUUUACUACACAGGUAAAGAUCUAUGGGAAUGAAGAGUGGAAUGAUGCCUGCGUCAAUACUUCUCACCAGUAUUGUUUUAUUUUUAAAUACGUCAGUGAUCCAAUACGUUCUCUCUGGGUCAGAGUUAAAGCUCAGGUUGGACAAAAAGAAUCUAUCUAUGUACAAUCAAAAGAAUUUAUUUUGUGCCAACAUGGAAAAAUGGGACCACCCAACCUGAGUGUCACAAAGCAGGAAAACCAAAUCAUUAUUGACAUAGCUGACCCUUUAAUAAUUGUAAAUGGAGAACCGGAAGCUGUGCCUUAUGACAUAUUUAGCUGUUACGAAUUCAUGUACACCGUGCAUGUGAUAGUGAAUGGAAGUAAGCCAACAGAGAGACUAUCCAUACAGACGACGGAAGAUGAUUGUGACAAGAUUGGGUGCCAGUUGAGUAUUCCAGCGUCCUCAGUGAAUUCUCAGUACUGUGUUUCAGCAGAAGGAGUCUCAGAGAAAAGGGGUAUUAAAACGGAAAGAUCAAAAGAAGUUUGUAUUACCGUUUUCAGUGAGAGCAUAAAAGAUUCUGUUUGGAUUCCACUCUGUGCUUUAUUCCUGGCCUUUCUAGUAGUUAUCCUGAUAUUUGUUAGUUGUCAUAUUAAGAAGAUUAAUCCAUUUCGGAAGAAAAACAUAAUGUUACCCAAGUCCUUGCUUUCUGUGGUAAGAAAUGCUUCUUCAGAGACAAAACCUGAAUCAAAAUAUGUAUCGCUCAUCACAUCAUACCAGCCAUUUGUUCUAGAAAAGGAGAAGGUGAUCUGUGAAGAGCAGUUGUCCCCAGGAACAGUUUCAGACCUGUGUACUGAGGACAAUUCAGGAGCUGCAGUACACAGAGAAGAGCCUUCCAGUGAAACGGAAGUGGUGACUAUUGUAGAAAAUAUUUCUGACAUGGACGCUGGCAGCCUCCAGACUCCGAUAAAAAGAGAGGAUUCUUCACCUUUAAGUAGUGACCAGUCUGAACUCUGCAGUGUCACUGUGAACUCUUACCACUCCAGAAAUGGUUCUGAUAGUGGCCACGUGGAGUCAGAGGGCUUAUUAUCUGACUCAGAAUUCCCACCAAAUAAGCAAACUGAAAUAAUGACAGAAGGACAAGAGUCUGUAACACCCAGAAAAGCCCCCAUCUCUUUUGGUUACGACAAGCCACACGUGCUAGUGGAGCUGCUUGUGGAUGACAGUGGGAAAGAAUCCUUGAUUGGUUAUAGAUCCACAGCAGAUUCUAAACAGUGUUCAUGAGAUCAGCCAACUUCGAAGAAUCUGACUUUCCUGAACUGUUUUUCCACUUUGAUUUCCUGAAAAGAUCAUGAUCUAAAAAAUUGUAUGUUAGUUGAUAUUAACCAUGUGGAGUGUCUUGGUUUAGGGAAAAGUGAAAAGAGGUACUGUCACAUUUGGUCUGAAGAUUACAGAGACUUUUUUAAAAAGCAAACCAUAGCCAGGCGUUGUGGCAGGCGCCUGUAGUCCCAGCUAUUUGGGAGGCUGAGGCAAGAGAAUCGCUUAAGCCCAAGAGUUUGAGGUUGCUGUGACCUAUGACACCAUUGCACUCUUACUGAGGGCGACAUAGUGAGACUCUGUCUCAAAAAAUAAAUAAAUAAAAAGCAAACCAGAAAAGCCAGCGUAGCUUGUAAAAUGUCCAUACAGAUGGAUACGAGUUUCUGGAGUGAUAAGAGAGUUUACGGUAACACUUUGCAGUACCCCUGUUCCUGUGAGCACAGGUCCUUUCUGGCCACUUCAAGAUAUAUCAUGGAUUUUUUUUCUUUGCUGUUCCUUGGUAUGGUACUUGUUUUGAUAAGUGUACAUACGCAACAUUUGUAAAUUCUGAAAUAUAGAGGAUUAAACAUCAUACUUAACUACAACAACCACCAAUAUCAUAAUUCAUCUGAGGAAUUCCUGAGAACAAGACAUUCUCUGGCAAGCCCCGCGACACUGAAAGCUUUUCAAAAUGGGACUUAAAGUCUAAUUCUAACUAACAGAAUUAAUAGAGCAUGUAUAUAUUUUUAACAGAACUUUACAUUUAGAGACCUUUGUAAAUAAAUAUUUUUUAAAUUCA